AAGAAUUUAUUAAAGAAAUAGACAGCAACAAGUCAUCAGAUUCAGAAGAAAAUAUACAAGAUGAUAAUAUAGUACCAAAAGGUUUAAAUCCAUCUACAAAAGUUCUAAAUCUUCAACAAAAAAUCAGUGCCGGUGUAAAAAGUGUAGAAAUAUUGGGUACUAUCAAAAGAAUUGCAGA